AUGGAAAUCGGCGAUGGCGAAGAGGUAAACGUUGAAGAACUCGCGAGCAACCUCUUUACUUACAAGGACCAGCUCCAACAGGUUCGUAAAUUAUUGGAGGAUGACCCAAAUAACUCUGAAUUUUUGGACAUGGAGAAGGAACUUGUGGAGGUGAUUGCAUUGACAGAGGAACUUCUGACAACUGCGAAACAAAAUGAUGGCAGUUCUGUGCCUGGUGCUGGCACCAGCAGUGAAGCAUCUUUAAAUCCUCAUGUUUCUGAGAGCUCAUUGCAUGCGAAAUCAAGGUCUAGUUCUAAUUAUGGUGAUAAGCUUCCCGUUGGAACCAAAGUUCAAGCAGUCUGGAGUGAAGAUGGAGAGUGGUAUGAUGCAACAAUUGAGGCUCAUUCUCCAAAUGGAUAUUAUGUUUGCUACUCUGGAUGGGGCAACAAGGAAGAAGUUGAUCCUGAUAAUGUCAGACCAAUCCAAGAAGACACUGCCGACCCUUUAUUGGAAGCUGAAAAAAAUGCUGUGGCUACAAAAGAAGCCCUUAAACGUAAGAUUGCCCAAGCUGCCUCUAAGGAUUUCGAGUCAUGGUCUCUGCCACCAAAACUCCAGAUUGAUCCCAAUGAUCCUGAGGAUGUGAAAGCUGCAAAACGUAAGAAGAUACAUGCUUUCAAGUCCAAGAUGCGGAUGGAGGCAAAAGAGAUUACACAGAAUAAAAGGCAAAACGCAUGGCAGCAAUUCCAGACAAGUAAAGGGAAGAGUAAAAAGGUUGGAUUUUUCACUGGUCGAAAGAGGGAGAGCAUAUUUAAAUCUCCGGAAGAUCCUUUCGGGAAGGUUGGGGUGACUGGAAGUGGGAAAGGUCUGACCGAGUUCCAAAAACGAGAAAAGCAUCUCCAUCUCAAAGGAGCGAAUAUUGAAGGCGCGGAGGAUUGA